AUGCAUUACGAAUCAUCAACUAAUGAUCAGAAAUUUAAUGUUGAUAUCUCUGAUGGAACAUAUCAAUAUUCACCAAUGCCUCAACUGGCAGAAAUCAAUCAUACACGAACACUUCUUCUUCGUUUAACUUUUAUAGAAUUCGUUCUUUCUAUAAUAUCCAUGAUUGUUGUUAAUUAUUCAUACGUAUUUGGUUAUACAUGGGGAUUUGAAUUAUAUAAUAUUGUUCUUCGAUUCUUGCCACUUUUAUCUUUCAUGUGUUUUGGUUUUGGAUUAGUUGUUACUGAUCGAUAUCAUGUGAAAGGUUUAUGUGUAUUUGCAAAACUAAUUAUGAUUGAUUUGAUAAUAACUUAUCUAACUUUGUUGAUUAUUAUUAUAAUACCAAUAUGUUUGAAAAAAUAUACCAUUGGUAUUGUUCCAGCAAUUAUUUUUUUUAUGAGUUAUCUAAUGAUAUUUGCCCUAGCUUCAUUUAUUCCGGCAUACACUAUCCGAUUAGCAGAUAAAUUAUCAAAUUUACUAAAUGAUAACAAAUAUUGA